AUGAAAAAUCAUACAUCUGUGACAGAGUUCAUUCUUCUUGGGUUGACCGAUGACCCAAAACUAAAUAUUUUGAUUUUUCUCUUUCUCUUUGUCACAUAUAUACUGAGUAUAACUGGAAACCUGACAAUUAUCACCCUUACCCUGGUGGAUGUACACCUCAAAACUCCUAUGUAUUUCUUCCUUAGGAAUUUCUCUUUCCUGGAAAUCUCAUUCACAACAGUGACUAUUCCGAGAUUUCUGGUCAGCCUUGUAACAGGGGAUAAGACCAUUUCCUACAAUUCAUGCAUGACCCAGGUAUUUUUAUUCAUACUCCUUGGUUCAACAGAAUUUUUCCUCUUGACAGUUAUGUCCUAUGAUCGAUACGUAGCUAUCUGUAAACCGUUGCAUUAUACGACGAUAAUGAACAACAAAGUCUGCAACCAGCUUGUGAUCAGUUGCUGGCUGAUUGGAUUUAUCAUUAUCUUUCCAGCUCUAGUACUGGCUCUUCAACUGGAUUUCUGUGACUCCAAUAUCAUUGACCACUUUACCUGUGACUCUUCUCCUUUAUUUUUGAUCUCCUGCACAGACACAGCCUUACUGGAGCUCAUGGGGUUUUUCCUGGCAGUAUUAAUAAUCGUGGUAACCUUAAUACUAGUCAUCAUUUCCUAUGCAUUCAUCCUCAAGACCAUUCUGAGAAUCCCUUCUGCUGAGCAAAGGAAAAAAGCCUUUUCCACUUGUUCCUCACACAUGAUUGUCGUGUCCAUUUCUUAUGGAAGUUGCAUUUUCAUGUAUGUCAAAACUUCGGCAAAGGAAGGAGUGGCUUGGACCAAGCGGAUAGCCGUGCUCAAUACCUCUGUGGCCCCAAUGCUGAAUCCUUUCAUUUAUUCCUUGAGGAACCAGCAAGUAAAGCAAUCCUUUAAGAACUUAGUCAAAAAAUGUUGCUCAAAUAAAUUUUAA